GAGCAGCUAAUCCUCACAGACCUGUAGGAGCUGGAGUGGCAGCGCCAGAGCACAGUUCCUCCUGAGUCCCUGGCAUCCCCAGAAGCUUCAACUCUGGAGGCGAUGGGUCGAAAAGAAGAAGAUGACUGCAGUUCCUGGAAGAAGCAGACCACCAACAUCCGGAAAACCUUCAUCUUCAUGGAAGUGCUGGGAUCUGGAGCUUUCUCAGAAGUCUUCCUGGUGAAGCAGCGUGUGACUGGGAAGCUCUUUGCCCUAAAGUGCAUCAAGAAGUCGCCUGCCUUCCGGGACAGCAGCCUGGAGAAUGAGAUCGCGGUGCUGAAAAAAAUCAAGCAUGAAAACAUUGUGACCCUGGAGGACAUCUACGAGAGCGCCACUCACUACUACCUGGUCAUGCAGCUCGUUUCUGGUGGGGAGCUCUUUGACCGGAUCCUGGAGCGGGGUGUCUACACAGAGAAGGAUGCCAGUCUGGUGAUCCAGCAGGUCCUGUCAGCAGUGAAAUACCUCCAUGAGAACGGCAUCGUCCACAGAGACUUAAAGCCCGAAAACUUGCUGUACCUCACCCCUGAAGAGAAUUCCAAGAUCAUGAUCACAGACUUUGGUCUGUCCAAGAUGGAACAGAGUGGCAUCAUGUCCACUGCCUGUGGAACCCCAGGCUAUGUGGCUCCGGAAGUGCUGGCCCAGAAACCCUACAGCAAGGCUGUGGACUGCUGGUCUAUUGGCGUCAUCACCUACAUAUUGCUGUGUGGGUAUCCCCCUUUCUACGAAGAAACUGAGUCUAAGCUUUUUGAGAAGAUCAAGGAGGGUUACUAUGAGUUUGAGUCUCCGUUCUGGGAUGACAUUUCUGAAUCAGCCAAGGACUUUAUUUGCCACUUGCUGGAGAAGGACCCGAAUGAGCGAUACACCUGCGAGAAGGCCUUGAAUCACCCCUGGAUUGACGGAAACACAGCCCUCCACCGGGACAUCUAUCCAUCAGUCAGCCUCCAGAUCCAGAAGAACUUUGCUAAGAGCAAGUGGAGGCAAGCCUUCAACGCAGCAGCCGUAGUGCACCACAUGCGGAAGCUGCACAUGAACCUGCACAGCCCGGCCGCACGCCCGGGGCUGGAGAACAGGCUGCCUGUCACUCAAGCCUCAGAAGCCUCCAGACCCCGCUCCCCUGAGAUUGCCAUCACCGAGGCCCCCGCCCUGGACCAGACUGUGGCACUCCCUGCACUGCCCCGGCUGCCCUGCCUACACAGCAUCCGGCCCGCUGCCCCCAUUGGCAGGUCCCUCAACUGCCUGGUCAAUGGCUCCCUGCGCAUCAGCAGCAGCCUGGUGCCCAUGCACCAAGGGCCCCUGGCCACCGGGCCCUGUGGCUGCUGCUCCAGCUGCCUGAGCAUUGGGAACAAAGGGAAGUCGUCCUACUGCUCCGAGCCCACUCUCCUCAAGAAGAGCAACAGAAAACAGAAUUUCAAAUCAGAGGUCAUGGUGCCAGUCAAAGCCGGCAGCAGCUCCCACUGCCGGGCAGGACAGACUGGAGUCUGUCUCAUUAUGUGAUCCCUGGAGGCUGAGCUGUGUCACUGUACUUUUCAGGAGAGAAGUUCAACUCUUCUCUGCCUUCCAAACCUGGUGUCUUCCCGGCAGGAGGAGGAAGGGGAGGAAGGGUAUCAGGGCUUGGCAGGAGCAGUUUCUGGCCAGAGGCACCAGCUUGUGCCACGGGGGCAGAGCCUCACAGGAGGCCUGUGGGGAGCCCCAGGGCGUGGAGGCCUCGUGGAAGCUGUGGGCAGGGGGAGCGGCCUCCACUGGCUUCCAGGUCUCCCUGACCUGCCUGCUCUGUGCCCCACACCCUGCGUGCCGUGGCUCUGUGCAGUGUCCAUGCAUAGCUCUCGCCUGAGUCUGUGUUGUCUGUUGUGAAAAGCUUCAUGGGCUGGCCAGGCUGUGCCACCUUCUCCAAGCAAAGCCAUAUGGAGCAUCUGCCCAGACUCCCACUCUCUGCACUGUCACUGCUGUUCUCGGGCCUCCAUCCUCACGGCCAGAAUGGGCUCGUGCAUGGAGCUGCCUGCCCGUGUGCAUGAGUGACCGGCAGCUCCCAGGGUCUGCCUGGGCGCCCUCAGAGUCCCGAUCCUGAGCUCCAGAAUUAGCCCCAGCCACGCUGAGACCCAGCCAGCCUACCCUGGCACAUGUCUGACCCUCCCUCCCUGUCCCAAGCUAAAAGCAGUGCCACACCCUCCAAGGAAAGAAAUCCAUGGCUAGUAAGGAAUUCUCAUCCCGGCCACGUGCCCUCCACACACACGCCCGAGUCAGUAAACACUGGAUGUCGGCUGUUUUAAUUUCAGCCGGGAAUUUGAAUCCUGCCUCUGUUCCCCUUUCUCUCCACAGAAGACAGGCACGUCGUCCUCCCCCAGUUUUCUUGCCCCCAUCCCCUCCGGCUUCAUGCUCGGUGUUGUGCUUAAUAAAAUGGACAUAUUUUUCUCUAU